AUGUGGAUUUACCUGCUGCUUUCGAUCCUCACGCUAUCGUUCCUUCUCAUCCGAAGAAAAUUCUCCUACUGGCAGCGCCAAGGGGUACCCUUCAUUCCGGGACGUUUUCCCGUGGGAAGUUUCGACGGCGUUGGUGUCCGAAACCAUCCGUCCCAGCUGCUGACCAAGUUCUACAAUGAGAGGAAAGGGCUUCACCCGUUUGUUGGAGUGUACUACUUUCUACAACCGGUGGUAGUGGUUUUGGAUUUGGAUUUUGCGAAAAAUGUGCUGAUAAGGGACUUUCAGUACUUUCACGAUCGUGGACUGUACUACAAUGAGAAGGAUGAUCCGAUAUCGGGGAAUUUGUUGCAUUUGGAAGGAAGUCGGUGGACCAAUCAACGAAAGAAAUUGAUUCCAACAUUUUCGUCCGGGAAGCUGAGGAUGAUGUGUCCUACCGUUGUGAAGGUUGCGGAGAACUUGAAGAUCAGUUUCGAACGGUGCGUGGCUGGGCAUGGUGAAAUCGAGAUAAAGGAUAUUCUGGCGCGAUUUUCUACGGAUGUAAUCGCUUCGUGUGCUUUUGGGUUGGACUGCAGCAGUUUGUUAGAACCGGAUGACGAAUUCCGAAGGAUGGGCACAAAAGUGUUCGAUAUUUCCCGGUGGAAGCUGUUGAAGUUGUUUUUCGUGUUUGCUUUUGGGAAUGUUGCACGGAGAUUUCACAUGAAACUGAUUGAUGAAGACGUGUCGGAGUUCUUUUUCAAGGUUGUGCGUGACACCAUUGACUUUCGGAAGAAAAAUCUCGUGAACCGAAAUGAUUUUCUGAACCUACUCAUUCAAUUGAAAGAUAAAGGUGAACUAGAAGGGUCAGAUGAGAAACUGGGAACUCUCACGUUAAAUGAAGUUGUAGCUCACUCGUUUGUGUUCUUCUUGGGGGGAUUUGAAACUGCGAGUACGACUAUGUCGUACUGCUUAUACGAGCUAUCCUUGAAAGAAGAAGUACAAGAACGUGCCAGGCAGUGUAUUAAAGCGGCCAUUUCUAAACAUGAUGGUUUGAAUUAUGAUGCAUUACUAGAUAUGCCAUACCUUGAGCAGUGCAUAAACGAAACUCUUCGGAAAUACCCACCAUCCACGAUCUACCGGAUCGUAACUAAAAACUACCAAGUUCCAGACUCAUCCAUAGUUUUCCCCAAAGGCAUGAGUGUAAUGGUUCCAGUGUAUGCUAUCCAUCACGAUCCAGAGUACUGGCCUGACCCGGAAAGAUUCGACCCAGAUCGGUUCACUCCGGAAGAAUGUUCUGCGCGCAAUCCCCUAACGUUCAUUCCUUUCGGUGAAGGACCACGAAUGUGCGUGGCUGCUCGACUUGGAGUGCUGCAGACGAAGAUCGGGCUGGCAACACUGUUGAUGAAUUUUAAGUUUUCAAACGGCGCCAACUCUUCGGAACCGCUGCAAUAUUCACCGAAGCAUUUUAUACUGACACCCGUUGGGGGGCUGAGGAUGAGAGUGAAAAAAAUACAAUAGGAAUGAUUAAGCCAAACCAUAACCUACCCCAAGAGAAAUCAUAUUACCUAUGCAGAUGACAUUGAAACCCACAAACCGAGGUGUAACUGACAGAGCAAACCCAGUUUUU